UUUCUAUGCAUGUGUAAACUACCCUGCUACUGUUAUUGGAUUCAGGGGCCACCCAUGUAAAGUUUUGCAAGUUAAUUAGCAUCAUGUGUGACAAAGAGUAGCUACGUCUCAAUAAAACAGUCGGAGUAUCACCUUUUGCCUCACGCGUACUACAAUUUGAAAUCAUUUACACAUUUCUUGGUAUUGGUAAUAUUCAUACAACUAUUUAUACACCAACUAGAAGCUUAGCUACAAGAGAUGGCAUCCAAUUUACUUCAAAAAAAUACACUAACACGUAGUUUGACAGCGCCGUACUUAUCGUCUUUGAGGUUCGAAUCCUGCCUAGGAUCUGGAGCAUUCGGUUUAGUGUUAAAAGCAACAAAUCUUGCGAACGGAUCGCAGACCGCUGUAAAGUUUAUAUUUCCACCAGCAACGCAAGACGGAACGGAGCAGAAGAAAAUACUGCGAGAAUGCAACAUCAAAGCGCUCGACCCACACCAAAACAUCGUGAAGGUGAUUGAUACGAUUGAAGGUAGCUUCACUUUAUCCCAGCUAAAUGGCAUGUUACCGGAGGCGUUAUUCAAAAAUGAAGCGGACAAAUCGUUCAGAGACCUUUACUUUGGGAGGCUAACCCGCGUUCAGGAGCUUGAGGGUGUCCUCAUCCAAAUGGAACUUUGCGGUGAGACUUUACGACAAUGGCUACGAGAGAAACAUGAUAAAUUGGAUUCAGCACUUCACAAGAAACAAUACGCCAUCGUUAAAAACCUGAUCGCCGGUUUGGCUCAUUUGCAUAAAAAUAAAAUUCUGCACCGCGACCUAAAACCCGAAAACGUUAUGUUUUCCAAGACAGGAUUUGUACUUCCGGUGAAAAUCGGGGACUUUGGGCUUUCUCGUCAUUUACAUUCGGAGCAAAGUCGAACUAAUCCUCUCACGAGUAGGACCGGGACUUUAGACUAUAGGGCCUCAGAAUGUUUAGAUAAUGAUUACAGCUUUCCGGCCGAUCUUUACUCGUUGGGGUUGAUGAUCUGGGAGGUAGCUCAGCUCAUAAAGUCGAAUGACAGGAGUAAGAUGUUCGAUAAACUUGUGAACGACAAGGAGGUCAGCUUAAUUGAAUUGCAUCCGCAGAUUAAGGGGUUACGCGAACUUAUCAUAGCGUUGACGAAAAAAAGUGCUUCAGACAGGUUUCAACAAUUGGAGCAGGUUCAAAAGGUAUUUGCACAAAAGGAAUUAUGUGACUUGAAGGAGGGCCACCAUCUGACUGCGAGGAAUGGGGAGGAACUACGCAAAUUAUUAAAAGGGGCGACACCAGGAUCAAAAAUAUUUUUGAUUGAGGCAGAAUAUGACGGAAAUUUUGUCGUAGAAGGUGAAAGCAUUACUAUUGUUGGGAAGGGAGAGAAGACUGUCUUCACAAAUUCUGGUUCUAAUAGUUUUGUCGUGAAGGGAAUGGGCCACAGAAUUUUAAACCUUAAAAUUUCCAAAAGUGGGGAGCAUGCUGGAUUUAAUUGCUUGAGAGUAGAGGGUGACAUGAAUUCUUUUAGUGAUCUCAUACUUAUUGGUGGAGCAUAUUCUGUUAAAAUAGAAGGCAAUGACAACAAACUUGAUAAGAUACAGGUAUCGGUAGCUAUAAAAGGAAUACAUAUCACUGGGUCCCGAAAUACUAUCGACGAUAUCUGCCUUACAGGAGACACAACCCGAUACACAAUCAAAUUCGGUCCGAAUGCGUUCCACGGGUGGCUAACGAAUUCGGCCCACAUGUCGGAUCUUGCCGCAAUCGCCGGUUUUUUAAAAUUCUAUAAGCUUUUGGAAUCCGUGUACUAUACUUUCCAAAUACUUCGCAAAUAAUAAUUUGAUGAUUGAUUGAUUUAUUAAUUUAAUAAAACCCUUUCGGGCAAAAUCUGCCCAUAGAGUACAUAAAAUUCAUAAUUAUAAAGAAUUUAGUUAAGAUAUUGAGCUGGUUUCGUUAGUGCCAUGAUUAGUUAGUGAAAGCAAUAUAAUAUAUAUUUAAUAUUAAAAUCUUGUGAAACGGUUUAAAAUUAUUUAAAAUUACAUUAAAUUAUUUAAUUAACAAUCCAUCUUCAGGCACAUUCUUCUUAGCCCCUUUCGGUCAACAUCAAUCCGAUUAAUGAUAUCUGCCUUACAGGAGACACAACUUUAUUCGACAUCAGUGUACCAGAAACGACCGGUUUUUUCGCCAAAUUCUUCGACAUUGUAUCAAACCGUGAUUGCAUUUUGUCUGAGGGUAUGUAUAACAAAUCGAUUUAAAUUUAAAAUUCGUUACAAAUGCACAUAUGUAUGAAUGCAAACCUAUGAUAAUAUUUAGCGAAUAACAUAUACAUACACAAAUUCACCAUGGAUAUUGUUCUAGAUAGAUACAAUAAAAAUAGAUUUAAUGUUUUACUUAUUGCUGGAA